CGCAGCUCCGGUAGGGCCGUAGUGCCUGGACGUAUUGGACGCAGCAGACCAGGCUCCCCCAGCCGAUCCAACGCCAGCUCUCCCAGGCAUCAAAUGAACACAAAACAAACUUAGACACAGACAUGGACAAAGGCACUUUAUGGACGGUACUGUGUGAGGCUGUCGCGUCCCACACCGGUACGGUGAGGCCGCUGCAAACAUGAAUUCGCGCCGCCAUCUUCGACACAUCCAGAAAAGAGGCUCCACAGGACUGGAUGGAAUACCUGGACCCCAAGGGCCCAAAGGAAACAAGGGGGAACAGGGUCAGGCUGGGCUUACUGGACCCCUAGGACCUCCAGGUACUCCGGGUCCCAGAGGGCCCCCAGGGGACAUAGGAAAAGACGGGCCCCGGGGACCUCCCGGGGAACAGGGUCUCUCUGGAGAGAAAGGCGUGCCAGGGUCCCUGGGCAACUCAGCUUUUGAUAAACUACUACAGGGGCCUCCUGGUCCACCUGGCCCUCAUGGAGAACCAGGGUCAAAGGGUGAACCAGGUGAAUCAAUAAGAGGGGGAAAGGGAGAGACAGGAGAGAGAGGAACUCCAGGAACAAAGGGAGAACAAGGACUGCCUGGGAUCGAUGGUCUUCCUGGUCUGGUUGGGGAGAAGGGAGAGACUGGAGACAGAGGAGACAAGGAAAUCCUGACUAGCCCAUUUCCACUGGCCCAGCCAGCUGCCUAUUUACAUCACUGACACUCCUAGGGUAGCAGUAGAGGAGGAGGAGGAAACUUGCUGGGCAGUGGAGAUUGGCAACCCAUUCUGCAUCAUGCAACACAAUAAGACCCAGAGUCACAAUGCAUAACAGUUAUUCAGAAUAAAGCAACAUUGUCAAGACAACUGAAAAGGUGUCCUUUGUAGAAAUGGCCCAACAUAAACCAGCUCCUCAUCGGAGUUUGACAGGCUCUCUUUCCUCAGGGAGAGAGGGGUCUGGUUGGAAAGAGGGGGCUUAAAGGCCAGAAGGGAGACGAGGGUUCACCGGGAUUGGAUCAGCCUUGCCCUGUGGGCAGGGAUGGUUUCCCCCUUCCGGGCUGUUGGCAUGAGUGACGAGGGCUCAGUCUGUGAAGAUCUACAAAUCUGUACAAAGCAGUACUUUUUUUGCCUUAAAAAAUGUCCUCUUCACCACCUAAUUUUCCCACAUGGAUUAAAGACAUUAUGCAGUUUUUGAAACUUGAGAAAAUCAGAUACACCCGUCAAGGCUCUAUACAAAAAUUUAUGAAGAUCUGGACCCCCCCUUUUUUGUCUAUUACAAGAGUUUACAAAUCCCACUCAAUAAAGAAGAUUAGAGUUAGAUUGAGGUGGCAGAGAACCCCCCCCCCCCAUUUUUUUCUCUCUUUUUUUUAUUGUUGUCUGUUUAUUUUCCUUUUUCUUUUUUCUAUAUGUAUGUGUGUAUUAUGAAUAAUGUGUAUGGCAAGAUACAUGUGCAAUCUGUGUACUAAUCUAUGUAUAUGGAUUAGGUGCAAUGCAUUUAUGGUUAUUUACUUCCGUAUAUAUUCAUGUGUAUGUGCAUA